AUGGAUCGGGCGAGAUUCACCGGUGGAUCAGCCAGAAGCUCCAUGACCAGCCACCACAAGAAGCCGCCGGCGCCGGCGGCAGAGCACACCAAAUCAGCUGGCAUGCCUUCCCCUGACCUGACUGAUUUCAUGAACGACAUGUUAUUCGGAACACUCCAUAACGAUAGCCAUAAGAAGCCUUACAACCUGACCGGAAACCGAUGGGAAGACAAUGACGACGACGAGGAGCGAGGAUUCGACGACAGCAUCAGGAGCGACAGCAGCAAGUUGACUCAGGAAUGGCUGCACGAGGCCAGGCGGAUGGUCGCUUCCUCUCUAUCCCACUGCGACUCCCCUGCUAGCGCUAGACUUUCGACCGGCUCGAUUCUUGACAAGAGAGACCCUCUUUCCCGAUCCGCCAGAAGGAACAGAGCAACGGAAGGUUUCAGUGAAGAGAUCCUAACGAGAUCCGCGAGGCACAGCAGGAACGGGUCAACCGGGUCCGAAUCGGUAGUUGACUCGUCCCCUGCAUCACAAGUCCACAAGUGGAUCUCCAAGAAUCUCAAGCCCCCAACUUCAAAUGGGUCUUCCCCUGAAUACCAAUCACCAAACAGUAAUAACGAUUCAGGGUCGCCUCUGUUGCCUCCGCCGCAAUCGACCAACAGGAAGGCUCGCUUCCGAUCUGAACCGAAGCCUUCGCAGCCUCCAUUGCCGCCACCUCAAGCUUCAUUACCGCAGGAUAUUCCUAGAAGGUUCAAGCAGGCUCCGCUGCCAGAGUCUACCGGUCAGCAGGUGCUUUCUCCGCCAAAGAAUCUCGUCGAGUCUGCUCACCAGAGGUCAAUCUCGAGAUCCACCUGUUCCAUCGAGAAAAUCGCUCCCAAUUCGAGCGGGCAGGAGGAUGAACUAGGCGGGGAGCAACAAGAGAUGAGUUUGAAUGGGUUCUUGAAAAAGCAGAGGGCCAAGAUUGAGCAGAUUAUGAACAAAGAUAUUGACGGGAAGGCCAAGCUCAUCCUCUCUGAACCUUGA